CUCACCACUCCACACCACACACACACCACCAAGCGACGCGCCCUGCACGCUGCACGCGCAUGCGACCGACAGUCGAAGGGUACUCGUCGAGCGGAAAGGUUGUCGCAGCCGGCCAAAGCAAGCGAGCGUGCCGGUGACCUCCCAUCAGUCGCGACCGUGACCCAUCCCCAGGAGCAGGUCGGCCCACAGCGCCGCGCAUCUCAAGGUCGCCGACUCCACGGCCGUGCUCAGCGCCACGUCAGAGGUCAUGGAGCAGCUGCCGGACGACGUGCUGGUGAUGGCGAUGCAGUUCCUGGACGUGCCGGACCUCCUGGCCUGCCGCCUCGUGUGCAAGCGGCUCGGCGUCCUGGCCCUGCACCGGGACGCGUGGCGGCACCGACGCCUCGGGGACGCGCGCCGCGAGUGCGUGUGCCCGGUGCUGCGCCUGGCGCCGUGCCUCGCCGUGCUGCGCGUCUCCCUGCCGCCCGCCCGCUGCCCCGCCGAGGCCUUCCCGGCCUCCAAGUGCGCCGUGACCGAGCUCAAGAUAUCUGCCCAGUACGACAGCGGCGUCUACCAGGCCGAGGCGCUGAUCCGCCGACAGGAGCAGCUCGGCCGCCUGCAGCGCCUCGAUCUCUCCGAGAUGUUCGCCGACAGCGAGACGGUGUUCGUGCUGCUCGAGAACCUGGCGGCGAUGCGCGGCCUGGAGAGCCUAGCGCUCAGCAUCCUCACCAAGCCGCCGGGCAUCGUGAGCUACAGCGUGCCGGCGCCGUCGCUCCGGGAGUUCCGCUGCAACCUCAGGGCGGAUCUGGCGACCUUCGUGGACUCGAUCCUGGCGGGGCACGCCGCCACCCUCCGCGCCGUGCACCUGCUCCCGCGGGUGGGCAGGCCGAUCCCCAACCCCAGGCCGCUCGAGUCGCGCACGGCGGCGCGGCUGGCGGCCCUGCCGAACCUCUGCGAGCUGUCGUGCGACAGCCUGCCGGGGAUCGAGGCCGUGGCCGCGUGCGAGUCGCUGAGGGAGCUCGCGAUCGUCGUCCGGACCCACGAGCAGCAGACGGCCGCCGCCGAGGGCGCCGCGGAGCUCUUCCGCCGCUCCGGCCACCUCCGCAGGGUCGAGCUGGUGUACGUCGACCUGGACGACGCGGGCGCCGACGUGGUCCUGGCGCCGGCGCUGGCCGCGUGCGGGAGGUCGGGCGUGGAGACGCUCGUCAUCAAGCCGUGGGCGCGGCCCUUCCCGCUGCGCCCGCUCGUCAGCGCCCUGCCGCGUCUCCGCGCGCUCCGCCACCUGCAGCUGGACGUGCAGCCCGCCGCGCUCCUGCACGCCAUCCGCCCCGCCACGGCGCCCGCCCUGCGCACCGUCGACCUGGGCGCGCUGCGCAGCGUGUGCGCGCACGCCUGGAUCCACGGCAAGGCGGUCCGGGCCGUGAUGGCGGCCAACCCCGCGCUCCACAUCCGGUUCGCGCCCGUCAAGGCGUACUGCGCGCGCAACUCCUGCGCGUCGGCCUGCGUCCUGCGCUGCCACGGCCAGGAGCUGCGGGACCUCGCGACCCCCGGCGCGCAGGUGGGCCUUUACUCCCACGACCCUGACGACCGAUGCUCCAGGACCCACGCCACCGACUGCCUAUGGAUCCGCGUGCCCUUGUGAGAGCUUCAAAUUCGAUGUAAACGUAAACAAAGUGGUUUCCUGGCGACCUUUUUCUUUGUGCAAGUGUUCUCUGUAUGCCAUGUGUUUCAAUGAGGUGAAUUAUAAAGGUGUUUUUUUGUA